AUGCAAGACAUCUGCUUGAAGUAUAAGAGUGGCAGCCGAAGGAUUAUCACCCCUUAUCAUGUUUCCAGAAUCUUUGUGGAGGACAAGUACAAGAUUCUCUAUUGUGAGGUUCCAAAAGCUGGUUGUUCCAACUGGAAGCGAGUUUUGAUGGUACUUAAUGGACAGGCCUCUUCAACCAACGAAAUCCAACACAACACUGUCCACUAUGGAAACUUCCUCAAGAGACUGGACAGUUUUGACCGCAAAGGGAUAUUCAACCGACUCAAUACCUAUAAGAAAAUGAUCUUUGUGCGAGAACCUUUCGAGAGGUUGGUGUCUGCUUUCCGGGACAAGUUUGAGCAUGCCAAUAACUACUACCAUCCUGUCUUUGGCAAAGCCAUCAUUUCAAAGUAUCGGCGGAACGCCACCAGAGAAGCUUUAAGGACAGGCUCUGGAGUACAAUUUAAAGAGUUCAUUCAAUACCUGUUGGAUGUCCAUCGGCCAGUUGGGAUGGACAUUCAUUGGGACCAUGUGAGCAGACUUUGCAGUCCGUGCUUGAUAGAUUAUGACUUCAUUGGGAAAUUUGAGAGCAUGGAAGAAGAUUCUAAUUUUCUCCUGCACCUUAUAGGCGCUCCCCAAAAUUUAACAUUUCCUCGUUUUAAAGACCGGCAUUCAAACGAGGAAAGGACCAGUAGUAAAAUCACACAGCAAUAUUUUGCAAAAUUGUCUCCACUAGAAAGGCAACGGACCUAUGACUUUUAUUACAUGGACUAUCAAAUGUUCAAUUACUCCAAGCCUUUUGAAGACUUGUACUGA